GAGUUGCGUGCCGUGUUUCGUGCUGUUGAUUUUGUGUUAUCCGUUUUGUAACCUUUAUUUAUUGAAUUCUUUUGAACAUUACAACAAAAUGUCGGUAAAAAAGUGUCUGAUUAAAGUAUUUCAAACACAAGUAUUAAUUCGCCUGAUAAAAUAUUCUUAUCAGUUCCGAUAGAUUUUGACACGAGAAUUCGUUGGUACCAGGCUGCAAGUGUUGAAGGUCCCAUUCCUACCACUAUGUUAUACUGUUGUGAAGAUCAUUUUGAUUUGGCAGAUGAUGCAGAAAACUGACAAUAUUACAAGACAAUUGGGCAGAGGUUACGACUAAAACCCGGCGUGAAACCACACAGGAACCUGUCAGUUCAGAGUUUAGGAACGUCCCAAUUAAGUCCACCAUCAAGAAAGAGGAAAGCUGAGAUGUUAGAAACAUUAGGAAAAAAGCUUCACUGCAAGAGAAAACCAAGGGCAAAAUUAUUUGAUGAAUCACAGCCAGGUAUAUGCAGAGAUCUGCAUCAUGAUGAAUCUUGCCAGCAAAACUCGAGUUUGCUACCCCUGAAGAAAGCAACCAAAGGAGUCCAAGUUAUAGUUGAUACGAAAACAAUGUCAACCAUCACACUACCUCAUACUGCAGAAAAGGCUGUUGCCACUAGUCAUCCCAAACGCAAACAGUUGGUUGAAAAGUGCACAGGGAUUUGUAGUGAUAGCACUAAUGGCUCAAGUGGUAGUUCCUCCCCGCAGCUAUCGAGCACUUCAUCAUUAAGCAAUGGAGCAAGACUGAAGACAUCAAAAGAGGAACUAGAAAUAUCUAAAUUAGAGAACAAUAGUCGGUUUUUCUUAGGUUUGCCUGAAGACUGUUUCUAUAUUGUAAAUGUAUUAGUUGAAGAAGGUGGACUGGAUUACAUUGAUGUUUUGAUCACAAUGAAAAAAAUUAGGACAAAUGAUCAGUUUGUUGUAGUAAUGGCUCCUUUAAUGACACAGUUGAUUGUAUGGCCUCCAAGUUGGAAAAUCAAAAAAUUAGUACCAAAUCAAUUUAAAGCCUAUUACAACAAUGUACAAUCAAUUAUUGAUUGCUUUGAAGUUGAAAUUGAAAAACCUUCAAAUGCACUGCAUCAGGCUAAAACAUGGAGUGAAUAUAAAAAGUGUAAUACUAUAAAGUAUCUUGUGAGUUGUACUCCUAAUGGGCUGAUAAACUUUAUUUCUAGUGGGUUUGGAGGACGUACAACUGAUGUACAAAUUGUUGAGAAAUCAGACUUCAUUAAUGUGAUUCCAGAAAACUGCAUAAUAAUGGCAGAUAGAGGUUUCAAACACAUAGAAACUAUACUGCAUAAAAAAAGCGCAUCAUUAUUAAGACCUCCAAGCAUUAGUGCGAAACAAAAACUCACCAAAGCAGAAGUUAAUAAAACUAAAAUAAUAGCUGCUUUGAGAGUCCAUAUUGAACGGCUCAUAAGGAGACUCCGUGAAUUUGCUAUGUUAAAACCACAUGCCUGUAUAAGGUCCAGAAUAGUCCACCUCCUAGACCAUGCGGUGAUCAUUGUGUGUGGUUUAGUAAAUUUACAAGAACGGCUCAUCAAGAAAUAAGUAUUAUUGCCAUGCAAGUCUUGAUUUUUCUAGAUUUUAAUAGUACAUAACUGCAAGUGCAAGAUUGUUUUGUGGUAUAUUAAUACUAACACAGUGAAUUUCUUAGCUACACAUUGUGCACAUACAUAAAGCUAAGUAUGAGUAAUUUUGUAAAACACCAAUUUUUCCUUUUGUAGGUUAAAAUACUUGUAUAGGACUUAUUUGAGGCUGUUCUUUACAUCAUAUAAUUUUUUGGAGUAUCUACAAUUUUUUAUUCUCCUUUAUGACACAUUAUCAUUUAGAAACCUCAAAAUAAAUAAAUUACUCGAAUUUACCAACGCUCUAUGACAUAAAAAUAACUAAUUAUUUAGUAAAGUGUAUACUUUGUGUAUUAAAUUUUUGAAAAGCUUAUUAGAUCAACAAUGUUAUGGAAUUCAGGAUUAUUUUAACUGGUCAGCUGGUGGUAUAUAUCAAUACUUUUGUUCAUCUACAAAUACAAUAAAACAUUUGCAGCUACCUACUAAUGUAAAUAGUUAAAAAACAUUUCAUGAA